GAAGUGCUGUCUCUGGUGGGUGUACAGCCAACGUGACAGGCUUGGCCAUGAAAGGGUUACCAAUGCAUGGUACUGCUGCCAGUUAAACAAGCAGCGUAACCCAUCAAACCAACAAAACAACAGCGUUGGUUGCCGAGUCCGGUCAUUGCGAGGCAGCUUGUACGCCUUGGAAAAUAAUGCCUGGGAGCUCAGACUGCGAGCGAAGAAUGGUCAGCGAGGAUUAAAAAGGUCCACGCGCCCCCCGUCACACACACACAGGACAUACUGGAAGGAUGCAGGCAUCAAACAGAGUGACCGGAUCUUAGUUACCUGUCUGCUACUGUAUCUAGGUCACCAGAAGCUCCAACCACCUCCACCAUGGACCUAUCAUUCAUGGCAGCGCAGCUUCCUGUUAUGGGAGGAGCCUUCAUGGAUUCGCCCAAUGAGGACUUUGGCACAGAAUAUUCUUUGUUUAAUUCUUCAGCCAAUGUACAUGCAGCUGCCUCAGCUCAGAGCCAACCAGAAGAGCCAGCUCGCUCCUCAAACGAUGCCAUAUUGUUAUGGAUUGCGAUAAUCGCAACAAUUGGAAACAUUGUUGUUGUAGGGGUUGUGUACGCCUUUACUUUCUAAGGAGGCUUUAUGCUGAAGACACUGUAGAUCGAAGACACAAAAAAGUACUCUUUUUUUAUUGAUUU